AUGCCGAAACCGUAUAGAGACACCAAUAAAGUUAUAGUGGAAUUAAUCUUGAUCUCUCUAUGUGUUAAAAUCGCGCAAACUUGCAAUAACCAUGUUAAAGACGAGAGUGCUCUGGACAGAGAAUUAAAAAACUACGUGGACCGAGUUUUGAAAACUGAAAGUUUUAGUAUUAUUCCGGGAGUUGACGUGGAAAAACUUCAGAACACUUCGUUGGCUGAAAGUGAGAGUAGUUGUGAUAGUGCCAGAAGUUUGGAAACGUUUGAGGAUUAUGUUCAGAAAAAAUUGGACCAGUAUGCACAGAGUCAUGUGGUUUCAGUCAAUUUCGAACAGACCGCCAGGUUUUUGACAUCUAGUGGAACAGGAACUUCAGAUAGUUCCGGUAAAGGUACAUUUUUAGCUGGUUUCGGAAUGGGUAUCCUGGCGUUUUUUCUCAAGAAGCUUAUGUUACCAGUCAUUUUUGGUACCCAAAUAAUUAAGUCAGCGCUAAUAGCUAUGUUCCUGCCUACAAUCCUCGGUGGAAUUGGGAAAUUGGCGGGGAAAGGACUAUCGACAUUCUCAGGAUUAUCUGCUGCAUCUACCGGUUAUCACCGACCCCAACAACAGGAAAUGGAAGAUUUUGAGUUUAAAGAUGCUGAAUCCUAUAACAAUGAAGAACCUCUUGGUGCCAACUUCAAUGAUGGAGAAGAUAGCUUGACAUUGGGUACUUCGGAUAGUUCUAGUACUGUAUCUCCAAAUAGCAGGUUCGAUUUUGCUAACAACAGAAUCUACACUGCACCAAAACUCAGCGAUAACUACUAUUUACGACGACCUCAAAAGAAAACCGACUAUAAAGUUUUCCACAAAAUACCAUCGUCAUCGCUACUUUUAACAAGUUAUGAUCCUUUUUAUAGUCCGUUGUUGUCAAGAUUGGAUUCGGUUUUCCAACAAUUGGGUCUUGGAAAUGAGAAGAGUUCAGAAACUGAAAGAUGUCGAGAGAGAUUGGUGUGCAUGAUGUAUGCUAAUCCUGCAAAAUAUGCCCCGUAUAGUAAUUUGGUUUCUGCGCAAUUGAGCAGGGAACUCAAUGAACUUCGAAAACCUUCCUCUGAUAAUCCAGAAAUCCUCAGGUUCUUCAGGUAUAUGAAGGCAGCCAAAGACGGUCAAGAUGGCGAAGAAUGUUUAGCUCAUGGUGGAUGUCCAUCGCUGACCGCUAACCAACCUAGUCCAGCAUUGCUCACUACUUUUAAUGAAAUAAAUAAACUUGUACAAGCUAGAAAAUUACAAAAUUAGGUUUUUCAAUCUACUAAUGACUUUAUGCAAAAAAAAUCAAAAGUUCAAAGCAUCCAGAGUGAUACAGUUGAUUCUAUCUAUUGCUUUGAAACUAUUUGUUAGAUAGGUAUGUUCUAUAUAGAAACUUAACAAAAGACAAUGCUGAUUAUAUCAUACGAAAAUUGCAUCCUUUAAGUAGAAGCAUCUGCAUUUAUAAGCGAUUUUUCUAAAAUAUACUCCUUUUAGAUCUAAAAUAAGAAUAUACUGCAUUUACCACUGCUUCUUUAGGGAUGGUAAUCAACAAAAACCUACAUAAUAAAGUAAGUUGUGUUAGAAUUAUUUAUUGUACGGAUCACCAAUUUAAAUAACCUAUUUGAGGACUCGUAUAAUAUUUUCCCAAACAUUUCACUUGAAUUGGAUAUUAAUUUUUCACUGAUCCAAUUUGACUGAAAUAAAGCAUCACUAAUAAGGUCUGCUAUACUACUUCAUUAUUCUUUUAUUAAAU